AUGAUAUUGGCCAGCUCGCUAACCGGACAACCGGCACGAGCAGAGCAACUUGCCGGUUUCAAUCAAGUGUUUGCCCGUUUACAAGCGGCGGUGUCGCGAAAAGCGCAUUAUAUCGAAAGUGAUCCCCAAUGGUUUGAACACACACAUCAUAGAGUGGAGGAUACGGUGCCAGUUGAGGAGGAUGAUCCAGUGGAUUUGAUUCCAUUGCCACCAAGUUUAAGAGUGAGAGUGGAGAAUGAGGAAGUGUUCGAACAGUAUGACGUGGAUUCUGUGGAGGAUAUCAGUCCUACUGCCAGAAUAGAGGAGCUCCAGAGACUGAUAGUUCAUAAGGAUAUCAAUCAUGAUUUUGGGAAUCUCGAUUCAGCGUACGUCAGUGGAUCCGACUUUUCGACGGAUGUUCAUACAGAUAUUAUCGACAAACCUCGACUGAACUCCGAAGUCAACCGUCGGAAAGCGGCACGAGAAGAUUCUGCGUUCCAUGAUGACGUCAUUGGUGUACAUUAA